GUUGAUCGAACAGGUCGCGAAUACAGCCCGGGCUCUCUGGAGUGCCGGCAUUUUAUCAAUCAUUCUCAAUCAGUCAAUAUGUACACAAGUAGUGACGGUAAUUGCUAGUGAGCAGUGGGAUUCUACCGUAUAAGCAUGUUCAUUAGUGGCAUCAGCAGCAGCAGUAUUGGCACCAGUGUAUGACUAAUCGUCCAGAAGAGGCUAGUGGGCGCUGUUGAACUCAAGGUCGUUGCCGAAUUCUACAAGCGCGACAAGUUCAACACCAGAACGAUAAAUAGCAACCUAGUAGGCAGUGAUGUUUCUUCACAUGAUUCUACUUUGAGUAUUCGUGUUUCGUUUAUUUUUGUUUCGAUAUCGAUUUGUCUGCCCAGUCUGCUGCCAACAAGCUAGUCAACUAGGAACUGAGUAAUCAGACGGCCACCAACCCUGAUCGAGAUGGCUCCAAAUAUUGUCAACGAGGAAGCGCACGUGGUUGACAAUUCAACUGCCGUCGGCAGCUGUCAGUUGGAUACAGGGCGGAAACGACUUUCCACCGGCAGCAAUCUAGUCAACAGUGAUGACAACAACAACAACAACCAAAUACAAUCCAAGCAGCCCAAAAUGGAACCGGCCGAAUUUCGACCGGAAAUCCGCUGGCCAGAUUUCGUCGCACAACUCUUCCUGCAUUUGGGUUUCGUGAUAGGCCUCUGGCAGAUCGUAACGCUACAAACCAAAUUCUACACCAUCGUAUGGACCUUAUUAUUAAUCUGGGGCUCUGGGUUCGGAAUUACUGCCGGCGCUCACCGUCUUUGGUCGCACAAAUCCUACGAAGCCAAGUGGCCCCUAAGGCUGCUACUAAUGUUCCUAUUCACCAUUUGCGGACAGCGUGAUGCCUACACUUGGGCUCAUGACCACAGGGUACACCACAAGUACUCGGAAACGGACGCCGACCCACACAACGCCAAGCGGGGAUUCUUCUUUGCGCACGUGGGCUGGGUGUUUUUGACACCCCAUCCGGACGUGGUUGCCAAGCGGAAGGCCAUCGACAUGAGCGAUUUGGAAGCGGAUGCGAUCGUGAUGUGGCAGAAAAAAUACUAUUUGCCACUGUUCGCCCUGUUGGUCAUCGCCCUUCCAGUGUGGGUGCCAUACUACUACUGGUCCGAGAGCUUGUGGGUGGCUUUCUGGGUGUGCUUCACGAUGCGCUUCACCACCACCCUCAACAUUGCCUUCUUCGUUAACAGUGUGGCGCAUAUGUUCGGCAAUCGGCCUUACGAUAAAAACAUUAGCCCAGUGGAGAACCUGUCGGUUUCAAUUGCCGCCAUGGGCGAAGGAUGGCACAACUACCAUCAUGUGUUCCCGUGGGAUUACAAAACUGGAGAGCUAAAGGGUUACAUGUUUAAUGUAACCACCGGAUUUAUCGAUGCCUUCGCUCGAAUUGGAUGGGCCUACGAACGAAAAUCCGUAUCUCCAGCGAUUAUCGAGCGACGGGCCGCGAAGUACGGGGACGGCACGCGGUUUUUAAGCGACGAAUGUGCCCACAAGAAUGCCGUCUGGGGAUUCGGGGAUAAGGACAUUAUGCCGGAAGAUGUAGAUGAUAUCGUAUCACGACAGCAGUAGUGCAAAGGAUAUCUUGAAGAUGCCCGCGGUUUCACAAGUAUUUGUAACAUUGACAUACGCUAAAACUAAAUACGACUACAGAUUAAGCAGUAUUCGCCAGAACAGCGCACAUGUUCAAUAACAUUUUUUGAUAUCUGAAA